AUGAUACCGAGUACAAGAAGCAAGACUAAAAACAUGCUGAUGGUUAAUGGUUUUACAUUUUCACAAUACAGUCCAAUGUUUUGGUAUUGUACAAAGAAAAAAAGAGGCUGUCCAGCUAAGGCUCGUACUGAUAUAACAGGCAGUUUGAAGUAUUUGUUCGAGGAACACAAUCAUGCACCUCCAAAUUACCAUAUCACUGAAGUUGCGAAAUUAAUAAAAACAUCUAGAAGCGGCGUGGCUUUAUUAGCCUUUGGGAACACUUACAAUCGUCGAUCAAAUUCGAAGAAUAUGACUUCACGUUGGUACUGUUCUCUAUACCAUAGUGGAUGUAAAGCAGCUGUCAUCACCAAUGCUGAUCUCCUUAUAACAGACAUCAUUGGAACACAUCAACAUAAGGCUCCAAAAUUAUUCAGAGCGCCAGAUGGGCUAUAUCAUAAAGUAUUGGACUAA